CGCCUAUUGACGUCACUUCCGGAGGAUUCCCUGCUGUCAUGGUGACCGCACCUAGCCCCGGAAGAAGCCGUUCCCUUGACAACCGGUCAACAUCAAGCGAAGUAGACGGGAGCCGGCGAGCACAAACAUGCCGGACAGUGUGGUGGGGUCGAUCAGCUCCGGCUCUAACGGCUCCCAGCGAUCCAAGGCCCGGAAAUACCGCACCAGGGCCCUGAGCUCAGAGGUGGACGAGAGUCUGUUUGGAGUGAAGCAACAGCCGAAAAAUGAUGCUCCGAUUGUACAGAAAGCCGAAAGUGGACGGCGUAACGCUGUGUCUGCGCCUACGCGGGGUCGCAAGCCCGAGACCAUCCGGAUCAUCACCAGCGACCUGAUCCGAGACCUUAUUGUGCCCUCCGAGGACCCCUCCGGCCUGUCCCUAAUCAUGUCCUACCAGGAUUUCACUCGCAUCAAGAAGAGAGCGCGGGUCCUGACCAAGGAGGAACGGGAGAAGGCGAUGCAGGCUGUGAAAGACGAGAAAGAGGCGGCCAUUGAAGCAGCUAAUGAGCGUAAGAACUUCAUGAAACAGAAGGAGAUGCUUCGUCAGAAGAACGAAAAGCUGAGCGACCUGGAGGAGGAGGCCCAGCAGAGGGCGCAGUACCUCCUCCAGAGGGCCAACACCAUGCGCAUGGAGCAGGAGGACGAAAUCAAGAAACUGAACGAGAUGAUAUUGAGCACUAAAUGCCACGCCAUCCGUGACGCCCAAAUCCUAGAAAAAGAUCUGAUCUCCAAGGAGCUGUUGACUGAGGAGAAGAGGUUGGACCAGAUGAUGGAGGUGGAACGGCAGCAAGCCAUCAAGAUGCAGGAGGAGAUGGAGGAGCAGCGGAAACUGGAAAAGAUUAGAGGAAAACUCCACAUCAUAAAACAGAUGGGGGAAAACGAGCAGUCGAGGAUCCUGGACGAGGAGCAGAAGGAUCAAGAGGCUCAGCAGAUACUUCAGUUUCUGGAGGAGCUUCAGAUGGAAGAUUACAAGGACAUGGAAAGGAAAAAGCAAGAACAGCUGGAAAUCCAGGCAGAGAUCAAACGCAUCAACGCUGAGAACGAGCGGAAGAAGAUAGAGCGGAAGGAGCAGGAGCGGCUGGCAGACCUGCGCGUGCUGGAAUACACCAAGCAGAAGCUGGCUCGAGAGGCCGAGUACGAGGCCGAGCAGGAAAAAAUUAAGAAGGAGAAAGAAAAGGAAGUCGCUCGCCUCAGAGCCCUGCAGGAAAGAGCCCGGGAUCACCGCGCAGAGCAGGAUACUCUCCGGGCCAAGAGAAACCAAGAAGCCAUGGAGAGAGCGUGGCGUCAGAAAGAGAAGGAAGAAGCGUUGAAGCAAACAGAGAUGAAUACCACCUUGAAGAAGACUCGCCUGGAGCAGGUGGCUCAGAAGGAGCACUUUUUGGCCGUGCAGGCCCAACGGGACCGGGCGGAAUUUGACAGGGUUUUACGGGUCCAACGGGAGCUGAUGAAGAAAGAGCACAACGAGCAGGAGGAAAAGGCCAGUCAGCUGAUAAAGCACGCAGGAGAGCUGAGGCGCCAGGUGCGGGAGAAUGAGCAGAAGCAAGUCCUAGAGCGUAUUGAUCACUUCGAGGAGGGGAAGAGGUUGGAUGAAGAGGCGCGGCAGCGUAGGGCACGUCUGGAUGAACUGAAGCAGAAGAAGUUAGAAGAGCUGCGAAUGGCCGGCCUCCCUGACAAGUACUGCUCAAUGGUGGCACGGAAAGCUGAUGCCCAUCUCACCGCUGUCCACUAAGGAGAGGAGAGCCCCAGACUGUUCGGGAUUGUGUCACGUGUUAAUGGCGUGUUAGCUGUAGCUGACAAACAAUAUACACAUUUGUCUGA